AUGUCCUCGGACCCUUAUGUCUCAGCUCACAGUUCUCAAACCCCACCACAGCUUCCACAUCAUCCUCGCCCGAAAACUCGUCCACUGGCCUCUGUGACUGCUUCUCCGAUGUUGCAUAUUACUUUUGGCCAAAUUUCUGAGAUUGUUGAUAAAGGGUCAUCAUCUUGUGAAGUAAAUGGAGCACUUUACGCAUUGGUUUACUUUGGGAGUGGUGGCCAAUGUAUCUAUUCAUGGUUUUACCGAACCAAGAUGAGGCAACAAUAUGCACUGAAGGAAAGCCCUUGUUGUGAUUGUUUGGUUCAUCGCCUCUGUGGGCGAUGUGCUCUUUGCCAAGAGCAUCGUGAGCUCCAAAACCGCGGCUAUAACAUGAUUCUUGGAUGGCACGGAAAUGUGCAGGAAAAAAAUCAAGAAGUGGCCGUGGCUCCACUGGUGGAAGGAGGCAUGUCCCGUAAAUGAAAUUUCUACUUCAGCUAGUUUUACAAAUUAACUAGCCUUUGCAUAUAUAUCUAUAUAUAUAUAUAUAUAUAU